AUGACUUCACACGAUGUACGCGAGGUUUUGAACCUGCCAAACGAUGGCGCUGCCCCGCGACCGACCAAAAAGCAGAGGACAACCGCCCCGCGGCCCAACCUCAAAGGUCUGGCCAGAGAGGUCCAAAAUCUAGGCGGAGACAAUCCCAUCGCAAUUGUCCCGGCAAUAUCCUCCUUCAAGAAGCGACGGUUCGGAACCAGGAAACCCGCCGCGAAAUGGGAAAUGCGCCCAUUCCGCAACUCGGCCCGCCAGGAUGGAACACUUAUACUCAGCCAUUGGAGGAGGAAGGACGAGAUUCAACCACCAUCACGACCAGAACCGAAUCCUCAGCAUGGCCAAGACGAGAUGGAGACCGAUCAGAAAGAAGAAGAAGAGCUCGAGGACUCGUCUUUUGCUAAAUUCAACGUCAAGGUUCACAUCCCCGAAUAUAGCGACGACCAGUACAACUCUUCCCUAGUCAGUAACAGUUGGACGAAAGAGGAGACUGACUACCUGUUGGAAACCGUACGGGAUUUCGACCUCAGGUGGGAGAUAAUAUGGGAUCGCUACGACUACCAACCCAAAUCAACCGAACCCGCAAAUGGGCACGAAUCGGGGCAUGCGAGCACAGCAGUGGUACAAGCCAAAAGGCCCCGUACUAUGGAAGAGCUCAAGUCGCGGUAUUACGAGGUCGCAGCCAGGAUGAUGACCGUCACGAAGCCUGUCCAGUACAUGAACGCCGAUGAGAUUGCUUUACACAAGAUCAUGACCAGCUUCGAUCCAGCGGCCGAGGGCCGUCGCAAGAUCUUUGCCGAAAAUCAACUCGGCCGCUCCAAGGAGGAGGCUCGCGAGGAGGAAUCGCUUCUCAUCGAAGUCAAGCGUAUCGUCGCACGACAGGACAAGUUCAAUCUCGAGCGUAGAGAACUUUACAACCGCUUAGACUAUCCCCAGACCGAGACCACACAAGACCUCAGCGUCUUCAAGACCAGCGCUGGUCUCAACACCUUGUUCCAGAACCUGAUGAAUGUCGACAAAUCCAAGAAGCGCAAGUCCAUCAUGGGCACUGACGGACAAAACACACCAGUAUCAGCAGGUCCUUCUGCACAUCCCGGUUCGACCCCAGCCGCAGACCCCAGACGCGAGAGCAUUGCCCUAUCCACCACGAGUGGCCAUCGUGACUCCAUCAGUGCCGCCGACGGUCGUCCAGAGAGGCCUACCAAGAAGGGGGCCAUCGCUCAACCCCAGGAACGCCGCAAGCUUACCGAGCAAGAAGAGCAAAUCUAUGGCGUCGUCACCACCGUCGAUCGAUUAUCAAGUGGUCCUACUUUCCGCUAUGAGAAGAUUAACAAGAUUCUCACCACCAAGUCCAAUGCUCAACAUCAGCGCAUCACAAAUACUCUGGCUGAGCUCGAUGUGCCCUCUCGACUCAAUAUGCCAACCAAGGAUGUCGUCGACCAGAUGGAAAGAUUGUUGAAUAAUGUUCAGACGCUGCUUGAUCUGAGGAAGAUCAGUGACAAGCUAGACGGAGAGAUCAAGGUGGAGCAAGCCAAGAAGGCCGAAAGAGACAAGACUAAUCCUCCUACCCAACCAAAGUCCAAGACCGCAGGCGAGGAUACGGCAGCAACAUCAGCAGCAGCAGCAAGUGGAGAUGCUGGAGAGGCGGAAGAAAAAGCAGCCGAGGUGAAACGAGAGUCAGCCGAAGACAAGGCCCCUCGACCAACCAGCAGUGGCGGGCGUAAGAGGAGCGCCAGUGAAAUUAGUGGUGUCAGCGACCAGAGCUCUAAGAGGCAGAAGAAGUAG